AUGGAAUACAAUUGUUUAUUCCUCAAACUAUCGCUGAUAACAUCUGGAACGGCGUUCAAGGUUCCCCAAUAAUAAAGUUUGCAACGUCAUCAUGAGGUGAUUUUGCAGGCUAUUCCAUGCAUAGCCAUGUUUUUCUUUUCAUUAUUUCUCCUCGGACGGAUAGAAGAAGGAAAGAAGAGUACAAUAAGCAUAAAGAAUAAUCAUGAGGAUAACAAGUCUGUUUUGUUUGACAAAUGGACUUUUCGCGGUGGCAUCGCUUGCUUAAAAGUUCACGUGUUCAUUUCUAAAUUUUGCCGUUAUAACUAUUAUGUUAGAAAUGAAAAAAGUGGUGACGGAUGAACACAGAAAUGAACGGAAAAAGCUCGAUGAAACCGUGAAGACGCUGAUAAGAAUGAUUAGAAAUGUUUGUCUUUCAGGGCGAAAAUAGACCGUUCUUCGAAGUUCAUUCAAGUGGUUCUUGUAGUUUUCCUGGUCACUGAGUCCCCGCAAGCUCUAUUCAGUAUCAUUGGAGGGUUGUUUCUUAUUGAUUACAUCAAGUUUGUUUCUUUGCACAUUAUUUCUAAACAUUCAGAUUUCCAGCUAUUAUCAGUCCCUCGCGAUAUUCAUGAAUAUCUUAGCAUUUUUCAAUACAACCACCAGUUUCAUCAUCUACAGUGCGUUGUCUGCCAAAUUCCGAAAGCUGUUCGCUCAGAUACUCUUGCCAGCAGCUGUGACAGAGAAGAUUUACCGGGUAAAUAAUAUAUGAACUCUGGAUAGUUUAACACGUUUUGAUAUCAGAAGAAAAGCACAGUAGUCGUCCACUCGGUUGUUCACUCGUCUCGGACUCUCUGA